CCCAGUGCGAGAUGGAGCACAAGGCAGACGGCAUGAUGGAGCAGAUGUGCUCCAGUGACUUCGUGGUGAAGAUGCGCAUCAAGGAGAUGACAGAGGAGAACGGGGAGCGGCGGCUGGUGGCCGCCCAGAAGAAGAAGGUGCUGAAGCUGGGCCCGCUCAAGCGCAAGGACACCAAGAAGAUGGUGCUGCACAUGAGGAACGCGGGCGCCUGCCCCUGCCCCCAGCUCGACAGCCUCAGCGGCAGCUUCCUGGUGAUGGGCCGCAAGGUGGGCGGCCGCCUGCUGCUCCUCGCCAUCUACCCCUGGCAGAAGCACAACAAGGAGAUGAAGUUCGCCGUCAAGUUCAUGUUCUCCUACCCUUGCCCCCUCUACCACCCCCUGCUCUAUGGGGCCGGGCAGCACUAGGGCUCUGCCCACCCUGCCCCAGGACUCCUGCACUGGCCUGACACUGCACCCCAGCUGUAUCCCUGGUUGUACCCCAGGACCCCAGCUCUGCUGCCCUCAGCCCCUUGACUGUGCCCCAGGACCCUGCUCUGCGCUCCCAGCAUUCCCAGACACAUUCGCAGGAGCCUGGAUCCACAGCCAGGACCCCUGCCCUGUCCCAAGAGCUCUGCUCUUCACCCCCGGGACCUCUGCUCUCCUCCAAGGAUCCCUGCCCCCACCCAGGAGCUAAGGCUGCACCCAGGACCCUUGCUCUGCAUGCUUGUGAGCAUCCCCUUGGCUACCCCCAAGCCCUCUGCCCAGCACCCCAGGGACCUUUGCAUGCACUUAGAAUCCCUGCUUGGCCCUCUUGGGACCCUUUGGUUGCACCCGAGACCCCUGCCCUGUGUCCCCAGCCCUAGACCCCUCCAUUCCCUGCUCCAGCCCAAAGCAUCCCACACCCUCACCCCAGCCCUGGAUUAUCCCACCUUCGCGGGGAUAUACCCCAGCCAAAGAGGGUCUCUCCUGCCCCACUCAAGACCAGAGCAGCACAGCCCCUGUCUGGGUUCUCCCACCCUCCCCAUCCCAGAUGGCUCAGUGUCCACUUCCCAGCCCCUCCAGCCCAGCCCAGCCCUGCUGCAUCCCUCACAUCCCUCGCCAAGGCACAGCCCAGGCACCCUUUGCCCAUCCACAGCGCAGUAAAGUACGUCACCUCAGAGAAGCCUGUGUCCAAAUCCCUGUGGUUCAUGGGCAACCUCCCCUUGGGGUCCAGUCAGAGACCCCAGGAAGGAUGGGAGGGGGCACCCAGUCCUGCCCGCUGAGUGGGGUGACCCAAGGGAGUGGGGUCACCCUGGGCUCUGGCUCCAGCCCUGCUCCAGGCUCCGUGCCCAGAGCCGGGCAGCCUGGCCAAGAUGAGGGAGGAGGUCCCCAGUGGUCACAGGAAUUGCUGGAGACAUAGACAUCCCUGCCAUGCUGGGGAGCCUGGUGAGAUCAGGAGGA